AUGUAAAAAAUUGAACAGAAUCAUAAAUUCAAUAUUGAUUUGGAUUUAGAACUCAGAGCUGUACAAAAUUAUGACUUCGAACAAGAAUAUUUAGAUCAUUGUCUAAGAGAUACUCAUAGAUAAUUAUCAAUCAAUAACAAUCACCAUAUUCACAGUCAAACAAAAAGUGAAAAAAGCAAUGAUGGCUACGAUUUCAGAACACCAAAGGUAACAUCCCAAACUAAUCUGAAUAAUAUUAUCACUUCCGAGGUGUAAUAAAAUCAUGCCAUUGCACCUAAGUAUGUAAAAUAAGAAAAACCAAUCAGCACAGGUUCUAGUAUAAUGCAAUUCUUUUUUAUAAGACGUUUUUUGGAAAAACUUACCUUUUAAAGAAAAAGAUUGUAGAAUUUGAACAUUACUCAUUUAAAUCUUAUAGAUGAUAAGGCCUCAGACAAAGCCAGUUUGCUAGCUUAUAAAUAAACAAAAGUUCAAAAAGGAUUGACCAUUAAUUAGCUAAAUAGACUUGUGCAAACGAAAAUAGAAAUAAAAGAAAGGAAAUGGGAGAGUGUGAAGAAAAAUUUAGAAGAGAGUAAGUAAAAAUUUAUCAGACAAAUUACAAAUAUUGCCAAUAAAAUACCUCUAGUACAACCUGAAAACGAUUUUAAACUUUAUUGGGACAUUUUUGCUUCACUAUUUAGAGUGAUACUCGUAGUUCUAGUGCCUUUGGAAAUUUCUUUUCACACUUAGAUUCUCUUUUAGAAUUAUGUAGGGCUGACAUUAACAAUACUAUUCAUCUUGCAAUUGGAUCUAUUUAUUAGGAUCAACACUCUCUGUUAUGAAAAUGGAAAGGCUAUAACAGAUCGAUGGGGAAUCAUAAUUCGUUAGCUAACUAAGUCUUGGUUUACAGAUUGCUCAUUAAUAAUAAUAAUAGUGGUUUUUAUAUUCAACUCGAACGCCCAAGAUGGUUAUGAUUUGUUUUUACUCAUUUUGUUAACCCAAUAUAAGCAUAUUUAUGGGGCUUUAUCAAAAACGGAUUAGAUCUCCUACUUUACAAGACCAUAGAGAGGAAUAAUAGGAUUAAUCAAAUUUAUAACUAGUUUAUUUUAUAUUAUGCACAUAUUCAGUUGCAUUUGGUUUUGGUUCAGUAGCAUUGACAAAUCUAAUUCGUGGAUUGUAACUAAAGACUUAGAUGGGUAGACUUGGCAACUCUAAUAUUUAGAAUCAAUUUACUUUGCAAUUGUGACAAUGUUAACUAUAGGAUAUGGAGACAAUGUGCCUAAAAAUUCAAUAGAGAAAAUUGUUACAAUAAUAUUUAUAUUGGGUGCUUGUUUGUGGUUCUCAUACAGUGUAAAUUUUAUAGGGGCAAUCAUGAAUGACAUCACGCAGAAUUAAGUGGAGAGAAGUCAAAAGAUGAGAGUCAUCAAUAAAUACAUGACAUAAAGACAGAUUCCAUAUAGUCUGUAGCAUCAAGUCAAAGAAUACCUAACGUAUAGAUGGAAAGAGGAUGAUGAGGUUGAUUUGCAAGUGGAGUAGAUCUUGUUGGAGUAAUUAUCUGAUGAACUAAAGGAAGAGCUGGAGAAACAAGCCUAUAAAGUAUUUAUCCAAAAGUCAGAGUUAUUGUAAAAACAAUUUUCCUUGGAAUUCCGAAAUGCUCUAUUUAAAUCAAUUAAGCGUAAGAUUAUAGAACCAUAACAUACUUUUUAAAGUGAAAUCAAUGGUCAAUAACACCUUUGUUUCGUUGAAUAAGGUGUUUUGCUAUAUCAACAUAAGGAUAGAAAACAAAGAUCCAAAAUGAAUGCUUCAGUUCAUUAAGGGCAAUUCUUUUGUGUGAAGGAAUUUCUUAUGCAAACCCCAGAAUAUGAAAUCUUCAAAGCUCAAAGUUAUGUCAGUUUGCUUGUGUUAUCAAAACAAGAUUUCUUAGAAACAUUGCAAGAUUUCCCAGAGGAUUUCCAAAAGUACUGCUAAUUAAAGGAUUCAUAUUCAUCAGAAAAUGAAGGCUGUCAAAUUCAAUUUGGUAGUUUCUGUCCUGCUUGCAAUAAUUUUGAUCAUUCUUUAAAGAGUUGCUGUUAAAUAUAAUUGGUUCUGAAUAAAGAAGUCAUAGUUAAAAAAUAUUAGAUGAAUCAAGAGUAAUAAAGAGUAUCCUAUUUACGUCAGACUCUUGAUAAACCAAUCUAAACUAGAGCGGAAAUGUAAUAUGUUUAGGAAUGCGCAAUCUACUUUUAAGCAGAGAAUCAAAACCUAAUCAAUGAAUAAUUAAAAUUGCAAAUAGUUUAUGACUAAGAAACAGAAUCUUAGUAAGGAAACGUGGAAACACAGAAUGCAUUAGAUCCUAUUAACUCAGUUAAUAUCUUUUAGAUUAAUGAGAUGUACUAAAGUACUCACAAACCUAUAUUGAACAAGGCAAUUUAAAAAGUAGAAUUUGAAGAGGAAAAACAUAAAGAAAAAAUUGAAAAUCACAAACCCAAUUCUUUAUUGACUCAAAGCUAAAGAAUAAAUAGAAAGGGAACAUUGUUCUCAAAAUAACUUUAAAGAAAAAACACUAAGUCCCCUUCAAUAUUAUUCUCAAUGAAUGAAAUUACAGAAGAAAUUAUUGAAACUACCUUAAUAGAGUAGGAGAGUGACCAUAUCAAAAAUAUCAACAACUUUAACUUUUAUAUGAAAGAGAAUAUCAAAUCUCUGUAUACUAAAAUUUAAAGGUUUUCAGAGGAUAAAUCCGCUUCUAUCAACUAGGGUUUAAAUUCACUUCAAUAUAUUUAUUGGAAAUAUAAUGCAAUCACUCUUGAGGGAUUUGAAUCCUUAUUUAAUUAUGAUUAUUAUUUUCCACAAUCAAAUUCCAUUACCACAAUAGAAAUGGCCAAUAAAAAUCAACAUGCUUGGCAAAAAGAAAUCUUAAGCAAAUUCUCAAAAUAUUUAUAUUACCCUUAUUAAUUUAUAAAUAAAUUCUUGAAGCUCAAAAAAGUUUAAUAUUAAAGUGCUGCUAUAAAUGCAGCUACCAAAUUCAAAAAUGCUCAAAAAAAAAUUUGGCUAAUUCAGUUAAGAAAUAACUUAUCUUCCAAAAAAUUGAUACCAUCUUUUAAAAAUAUUAAAUUAACGAAGUCAAAGUUAAAUUCGAUCGUACCAUAUCCUGGAGAUAGUAUGCAAUCUAUUUAAAUUAGCUAAGGCUGA